AUGAAGCUGGUUAUUUGGGCUUGCAUCCUGUGUGUUGCCUUAGCGAGGAGGAGGCGUUUCCCCUUCAUUCGUGAGGAUUACAAUGGCUAUCGUUACCCACUUAAUCCAUCCGCGAAUGUUCCUUUUGGUUUAUGGAACAACAAUUUGCCACCUCCUCCUCCUCCAGCUGCUAGUUACCCCUCAGCAAAUAAUGGCCCCAAUUAUCCUGCACGUGCUGGUCCUGGCAGAGAGACACCUUCAUAUCCCUGGGUUUUCACUGCUCCUAGGAAGCAGUAUGCAUACCAAGCCCCUGGUUAUCCUCCAGCUAGUGGGUAUAAUGCUCCUGUUCCUGGGGCAUCCCCACUUGUCCCACCUGGUGCUCUUGCAGCACCUGCUGCUCCAUUUAGUUCAGCUGAGUCCGCUGCAGGCCUGUCUCCUCCAUCUGAGCCUGCUGCAGCCCCACCUUCUCAAUCUGAGCCUGCUUCAGGCUUACCUGCACCAUCUGGGCCUGUGGCAUCUGCGCCUCUUCCAUCUGAAACUGCGAUGGCUCACCUUGCUGCACCAGCACAUGCUGCAGCUCACCCUGUUGCAGCUCACCCUGUUGCAGCUCACCCUGUUGCAGCUCACCCUGUUGCAGCUCACCUUGCUGCAGCUCAUCCUGCUGCAGUUCACCCUGCUGCAGUUCACCCUGCUUCAUCCAAGCCUGCUGGAGCUGAGCCUAUGGCAGCAGAACCUGCCUCAGCCGAAUCUGCUGGAGACGGAGAAGGAGACGACCCUCUUGCAAACAAACCUAUCUCUGCAGCAGAGGCAGCUGCUGCAGAGCUGGCUGAAGCAGAGCCUCUUGCACCUGAACCGCUGGUAUUUGAGUCUGCUGCAGAUGAGCAUACUUUAGAUGAACCUGUUGCAGAUGAACCUCUUACCACUAACCCUCUGAUCGUUCCACCUCUCUCUGCAGAACAUGCUUAAACUUCUCUUCCAUCAGAUACUGAGGCAGAAACAGUGAAAUCUACAAAACUGUUCUUUCUGUUCCCUAGAUUAUUUCAUUAUAAUAAAACAACGAAUUCCACCAA